GACUCACACACACAUCCCUAGUUCCCCUCCAUUUCCGUUUCCCCCACCCACCGCCUUCCCUCCUUUCCUCUCUGCCCGCGGAUCUCGCUACCGUCUUCCUCCAUGGCCGCCGCCGCCGCCGCCGCCGCCCGCCGAGUCUCCUGCUCCUUGUUGCGUCGCGACCACCGCCACCUUCUUCCCCUCCUCCGUCCCUUCGCUUCCUCCGCUGGCGGCCAACCCCAGCUCACCGUCGAGACAAGCGUCCCCUUCACGGGCCAUAAGAUCGAUCCUCCCUCGCGCUCCGUCGACACCAACCCCUCCGAGCUACUAUCCUUCUUCCGGGAGAUGUCCCUGAUGCGCCGAAUGGAGAUCGCCGCCGACUCCCUCUACAAGUCCAAGCUCAUCCGCGGCUUCUGCCACCUCUACGAUGGGCAGGAGGCCGUUGCCAUCGGCCUCGAGGCGUCCAUCACCAAGAAGGACGCCAUCAUCACCGCCUACCGCGACCACUGUAUCUAUCUUGCCCGUGGCGGUUCCCUCGUCGAGUCCUUCGCUGAGCUCAUGGGCCGCCGCGCCGGGUGCUCCAAAGGGAAGGGCGGGUCGAUGCACUUCUACAAGAAGGAAUCCGGAUUCUUUGGGGGCCAUGGGAUCGUGGGCGCGCAGGUGCCACUAGGGUGCGGCCUCGCCUUCGCCCAGAGGUACCUCAAGGAGGGGACUGUGACCUUUGCGCUAUAUGGCGAUGGGGCUGCUAACCAAGGGCAGCUGUUUGAGGCCCUUAACAUCUCUGCACUUUGGGAUUUGCCAGUCAUUUUGGUCUGCGAGAAUAAUCAUUAUGGUAUGGGGACAGCUGAAUGGCGGGCUGCAAAGAGUCCUGCCUACUACAAACGUGGGGAUUAUGUCCCUGGUUUGAAGGUAGAUGGAAUGGAUGUUCUUGCUGUGAAGCAGGCAUGCAAAUUUGCAAAAGAGUAUGCCUUGCAAAAUGGACCCAUCAUUCUUGAGAUGGACACUUACAGGUACCAUGGUCAUUCCAUGUCAGAUCCUGGGAGCACUUAUCGCACUCGUGAUGAGAUUACUGGUGUGAGACAGGAGCGUGAUCCUAUUGAAAGAGUUAGGAAGCUCAUAGUCUCCUAUGAGCUAGCCACUGCCUCUGAGCUUAAGGACAUCGAGAAAGAAGUUAGGAAGGAAGUAGAUGAGGCCAUUGCUCAGGCGAAGGAAAGCCCAAUGCCUGAUCCUUUUGAGCUAUUCACCAACGUAUACGUAAAAGGUUUCGGCGUGGAGGCAUUCGGUGCAGAUAGGAAAGAGGUGAAGGCUGUUCUUCCAUGAAGAAAGCGUCCCUGAAACAGAUAAAGAUUUCGUGGUCAUGAGAACUCUAGAAAGCAUGAGAAUGAAAGAUUAAUGUGAUAAACAAGAUUCCAGGACACGUGUGCUGCAUGGUGGCCAUCUGUAUCUUUUUCUUUGUAUCUUCCUUGUAAUAGUGAUGGCUGAUCAGUGGUUAACUAAAAAGUACGGGGAUCUAUAAGUAAUACAACUUUUAGAAAAGAUUAUUCGCACCUCAA